UGAAUCUGGAUCGCCACCCGGCGUCACGACUCUUCUUCGACCCUCACCUCGACCUUCUCCUUCUCUGCCCACGACGCCGUAACGACCUCUGGCACGAUGAGUACCCAUAUGGCGCGGGCGAUAGAGCAAAUCUCUGACAAGGGACCGCUGCCAGAGAUCGACUUUACCCAACACAAGCUGGACGAUGGGAACAUAGUCAGCACUCAGGAGCGGGUUAUCAAAGAUGUCCAAGCCCCAGCGAUGCAGAUCCCUACGCCAGAGCAGUUCUUCGCGAAUGGCGGCAGAGAUCGCUCAAAACCUGAUGUUGCCUUCCUGAAGAACCACUUUUAUCGUGAAGGGCGGCUGAGCGAGGAGCAGGCAAUGUGGAUAUUGGAGAAGGGAACUGAUGUCCUUCGGAGGGAGCCCAAUGUCCUCAAUGUCGACGCUCCAAUAACUGUCUGUGGCGAUAUACACGGUCAAUAUUACGACUUGAUGAAGCUCUUUGAGGUUGGAGGCAGUCCAGCGGACACACGAUAUCUCUUCUUGGGGGACUACGUGGACAGAGGAUAUUUUAGCAUUGAGUGCGUUCUCUAUCUCUGGUCCCUCAAAAUAUGGUACCCCAACACUCUCUUCCUGCUCCGGGGAAAUCAUGAAUGUCGGCACCUUACCGACUACUUCACCUUCAAGCUCGAGUGCAAGCAUAAAUAUUCUGAGCGCAUUUAUGACGCCUGCAUGGAAUCUUUUUGUGCAUUGCCCCUGGCAGCGAUCAUGAACAAACAGUUCUUGUGCAUUCAUGGUGGUCUGUCCCCGGAACUCAAUACGCUGGAUGAUAUUCGUGCUCUUGAUCGUUUCCGAGAACCGCCUACACAUGGAUUGAUGUGCGAUAUUCUUUGGGCUGAUCCAGUCGAAGACUUUGGCACGGAGAAGAUAUCAGAUAGCUUCAUCCACAACCAUGUCCGAGGUUGUUCAUAUUUCUUUACAUAUGCCGCCGCCUGUCAAUUCCUCGAACGGAACAAUCUGCUAUCCAUAAUUCGGGCACAUGAAGCACAAGACGCUGGGUAUCGGAUGUAUCGCAAAACCAAAACGACAGGGUUCCCAUCAGUCAUGACCAUCUUCUCUGCUCCAAAUUACCUCGAUUUCUACAAUAACAAAGCUGCCGUGCUAAAGUAUGAAAGCAAUGUUAUGAAUAUCCGGCAAUUUAAUUGCACUCCUCAUCCUUACUGGCUGCCAAACUUUAUGGACGUCUUUACUUGGAGUCUACCGUUUGUCGGUGAAAAGAUUAUUGACAUGCUCGUUGCUGUAUUAAACACGUGCACAAAGGAAGAAUUGGAGGAGAGUGACGAAGAGUCAAUCAUAUCCCCGGUAUCUGUCGCCUCUGAAGAUUCUGUCGAGCGGAGAAGAGCUAUCAAGAGCAAGAUUAUGGCCGUUGGUCGGAUGGCUCGCGUAUUCGCACUUCUCCGGGAGGAAUCUGAAAAGGUUUCAGAACUCAAGAGCGUGUCUGGCUCGAACACUCUCCCCUACGGGACGCUUGCAUCAGGGUCUGAAGGUAUCAGAGAAGCUAUCAGUAGCUUCGACGACGCGCGGAAGUCUGAUAUUGAGAACGAACGUCUUCCUCCCGACCUUUAUGACGCAAAGUCAGAGGAAGGCAAGGCCAUUUUAAACUCUCUUCCUACCACGCCCUCAGAGCACGACGAAACGCCAAGCACCCCAGUUGCUCCCAACGGCCAAUUUCCAAUGGCACGAUUUCACCUACCCAUCAGCGCAAACCACUCGGCCUCACCUAUGUAUUCACCGGCGGCCUCACCUGGCUCACCGACAUCGCCUACUGCUGCUCCGUUUAGGAGAGGUCAUGGACGACAAGCGAGCUUGGGUACGACGAUGACGAGUCCUAGUAACAGGCGUAGAAGUCUAGAGAGUACGAUGAGUCUGAUACAGAACGUCUUGGAUGGGAAAGAGCACAGGAUUCCGGAGGGAGACGAAGCUGUCGAAGGAUUGGCAGCACAGUUGGCUGGGUCAUCUGUGGAUAAUCCGACAACUCCGAGUCGCUAAUUUGAGUAUCAUCAAUGGAGCCUUUAUUUUAGGUUCUGGACUUGUAUCUUUGUCUCGAGAUGUGUCUUAUCCUUUUAGUUUUCAUCAUAUAAUUUGCAAACCUCACGAGAACUGAUUGUAUUGCACAUAAUAUUUUUUAUGAUGGAUUUUGUUCGCCCUUCUGUGGGGAUUUACCCGUCC